AUGAUUCCUGAAUUCUACAACAUUUUAGAGCCUGUUAUAAAAGAAGGUGAUUUAGAACUUUUAAGUGAAGUCAUUAACCAUUUUUCAAAAAAUCCUGACUGGAUGACUAUAGGAGUGGUUAUCCUCCAUGUGGCAGCAGAAAAUGAGCGUGAUGGAAUAAUUAAAUUUGUUGUUGACAAGUGUCCAGAGUUACUGAAAAGUCCGGAUUUGAGAUGCAAGUUACGAAUUUUGCUAACGUUAAUAAUGGACUUGAACGUCGAUGCCGUCGAAAUUAUUUUAAAAACUGACUUUUUAAUAGAUGAUCAUAUCAAAUUUGAUGCUGUCCUUGGUAUAGCUUAUAAUCUAUACAACUCUCCAAUAGUUAAUAACGCAGAUACCAAAAAAGAGCAAUGUGAAGAAGAAUUGAAUAGGAUGAAAAGUGAUUUAGUUGAUAAAACAACGGUUACAGCUUACGGUAUUGCAACUGCUAGCAUUAACAAGUUGGUUAAGUUUAUGUGCAAUCGUAAUUUAAAGGAAUUUAUUGUAUCAAAUAAAAGUGUUGUAAACUAUCCAAUUUAUGCAGCUACUAUCCGACAUCGGUUUGAACUCUCUCAAAAGAGACAAAAGUUGUUGAAAAUUUCGGAAUCUGUAUUCAAAUCGACUUAUGGAAAUUUACCGGAGUUACCGCCAGAGUGCAUUAGUAUAAUACUUGACAAAUGUAGUGAUAAUGAUUUGAUUAAUUUCAUUGACCGUAAUCACUAUCCGACGGUGAACACGGAUUUCCCAGUUAAAAGAUUUACAGCUGUCCAAUACACUCAACCAGCAGCAGCUAUUUCACCAUUGUCAAAGUCAACCAGGCAUCUUCUUGGUCCAGAGCCAGACCAACGUUAUUAUUACACUCAUCGUGCUCAACAAGAAACCAUUACUAUUGACCGUGAUAAUUUUAAACAUGGAGUUGCAGCUGCAUCAAGACCUACCCCAGCAACUAUUCGAGUUGUAACAGCACUUCUUGGGGAUCUCUGUACAAAUGAUAGGGACUGUACAAUUCCGAAUAGUGAAUGUUUUAAUGGACGGUGUGUUUGCUCCAAUGGAUUUGCUGAGACAAGCGAUCGACAAGAAUGUUUUGCAAAUUACAUGUCGGUAACGCCUUCUGAAGAUCUUCGCGCUUGUGUUUCUAAUCCAUGUCACUCAUCAGCAACUUGUAUUGACUUACCAAGUUCAACAUUUGUUUGCAUUUGUAAUUCAAAUUACACGGGUUUAUUAUGUGAUGAAGAAAUAAAUAAACGAGAAUAUGAUAUACCUUCUUUCGAUGGUAAAAGUUAUGUGAGAAUGAGUAGACUAAAAGCAUAUCAUAAAUUUAGUAUUGAAGUUGAGUUUAAAACUUAUGCUGACAACGGAAUAAUUCUAUACAACCAACAGAAGAAUGAUGGUAGUGGAGAUUUUGUUUCACUUGCUAUUGUUGAUGGAUACGUACAAUUUCGUUAUAACCUUGGAAAUGGACCAGUAAUACUAACAUCACCGGAGAGAGUUACUAUGAAAAACUUUCAUCGUAUAUCAGCUAAAAGAUAUCACAAAGAUGGUGUUUUAAUUUAUAACGACGGUGAAGAUAUUGCCGGUCAAAGUCAAGGAAUGCUUAAAUCAUUAGAUCUCAAUCAAGAUACAUUUAUUGGCAACAUACCAACAAAUUACACUAGAGUAUACGACAACAUUGGGACCAGUCACGGAUUUUUGGGUUGCAUUCGUAAGCUGAAGAUCAAUAGAUUUACAGUUGACCUUCAUAUUGGAAAAGAUAAAGAUGUUUUAGAGACAUAUCGUGUUAAGCAGUGUCAUGAUAAUGCAUGCGCUAAUUUGCCUUGUAAAAAUGGUGCUACUUGUCAGCCAAUAUUCGAAGAAGAUCUUUGCAAUAAUAGAGAAUGCAAAUCAAAUACAAAACGAAGUAAUAAAACAAAGAAGAAAAGAAAUUAUAAUGAUGGAAUUAAAUUUGUCAAAUGUAAAGGCUCUCAUUGCAGCGAUUUAAAAUCUAAACCGAAAUCAAAGAGAUCUAAAAAAUAUUCGAAAAAACGAUGCGCUACUGUGGAUUGUAAUUAUGAUUAUGAUUUAGAUUAUGACGCUUCUUAUGAACAUGAUAAUUAUGCAGUAACAACUUACGAACCACCAACGUAUAAAUGUAUUUGCCCUCCUCAAUUUACUGGACCUAAUUGUGAAGAAUCAUUAGAUCCUUGUUUAGGCGAACCCUGUCAAAAUGGAGCUACUUGUGAUAUUCUUCCACAAGGCGGAUAUGUUUGUAAAUGUCCGCCAGGAAGAACGGGAGAUCAUUGUGAAAUAUUAGAUGCCGAAUUAACUGAAUUUUUAAUUCCUCAGUUUAAUGGUGAUGGGUUCCUUGAACUUUCAUGUCUUGAAGGAGUCUCAAAAGCAUUUUCAAUUGAACUAUGGUUUCUUACGCGAGCUACAGAUGGUCUACUACUUUACAAUGGGCAACUUAACAAUGGUCGUGGAGAUUUUAUUAGUCUUAACUUAGCUAAUGGCAAAUUGGAGUUUAAAUUUAAUCUAGGCAGUGGUAUAGCUAAUAUUACAUCUCCUGAUUCCGUGAGUCUUAAUACUUGGCAUUGUGUUAGAAUCAGUAGACUUGGUAGAGAAGGACUUCUGCAGUUAGAUGAAGGCACUAUUGCACGAGGCUUUUCCGGUAGUCCUCUCACUGAAUUGAAUUUAGAGAUGCCUCUUUAUAUUGGUGGCGUUAAACAUUGGCGAGAAAUUCAUCGUCUGGAAAGUGCCUGGACUGGGCUCACAGGCGCGAUACAAAGAUUAAUGGUCAAUGGUAAGACUUACCAGAAUCUAGCAGUUAAUUUCACUCAACACAAUACUGAAAUAUAUGAUGGGUUGCCGUGUCCCGCUGAUGGCAAUCCUUGUCACAAUGGUGGAGUCUGUUUGCCGUUAUUAAAUAGUUACCUUUGUAAAUGUGCAAGCAGUUACAGUGGUCUCCAUUGUGAAUUUUUCAUGGGAUAUGAUGUAUCUGGUGGAGAAAUAGCUGAACGACCAGUAAGAUUUAACGGGGACAAUUACCUACAGUUUAAACAUCGUUAUGGCAGAAGAUACAAAGGACAGCAAUCAAAUAAAUUUGAAUUGAGUCUACGAACCGUUAAUCCGGAUGGAAUGAUAGCAUGGAUUGGACGCGGAAAAAUAGAAAAUCUGGUACUAUCUCUACAGGAUGGAUAUGUUGUCUUCACGUACAAAGGAAAAAAAGAUGAAAUAUCUAUAAAAAGCCGAAAAAAAGUUAACGAUGGUAUUUUUCAUCACAUCAAAGCUGCUCGUCGAAGAAAGGCAACCGUAAUCCAGGUUGAUGACGAAAUUCCCAUAAAAGUUGCCACGGAAAUAUCUCUUCUAACAACCAAUGGGAAAUUAUUUGUUGGUGGGAAGCCUGGUCAUAAAGGAAUCAAGGGUUGCGUGACUGACUUUAUCGUCGAUAAAAGAAGACUACCUUUGGCAAGACGGAAGAUUGAAUUUUGCCACGAUAAUGACGUAUGAUAGUGAACUACCGAUUCUAUAGAUAUUUACAAUAUCAAAAUCCUGAUAUUUUAAAAUAA